AUGAACUUGUCCUACUUGAUAGCUUGUGGACUUAUGGUCACGCUGCUUUCGGGGAGGAUGCGCGCAAAACCUUUAUCUGAGGCGCAACAGAAGUCUCUCCGAAGUUUGCUGGGGGACGAUCUGACGGACCUUCUGGAGUCAGAGGAGCGGGACAGGCGGGUAGAUGCCGUGCGCGCUCGGAUGCGCUUAUUGCGAGAUUUACGCAUGGACACCCGGAGAGGGAUGUGGGCUCGGUUGCUCAACGACCAGCCCACACCGAGGAGGCACAAACCUGGAAGCAAGAAGGGCGGCUCCACUGCGCGGAGUGGCUGUUUCGGACAUAAGAUGGAUAGGAUCGGGACCGUCAGUGGUAUGGGCUGCUAGUGUUGGAUCACAUCUUUUUGACGAUCUCUGUAGGAUGGGUAUGGAAAUAUUCAUUUUGUUUCCAUCCGAAGGGGGGAAAAAAAAAUCAACAAGUGUCAGAUUUUCGGUACGAAAGUCAUCAUGACCUGCAUUAAACGAGACUGAGAUGACAACGCUACAACGCUACAA